GUCAGUAUCCUAUCCUCUUCUUAAAUAAUUGAAAACAUGAAAAAAAAAAUACACAGAACCCUUUUUUAUUUUAUCCUCUCUUAAUUAUUCGUCACUCAAUUUUAAUUUCUCGCCGAGUUUUUCGUCCAGGUGGCGACUGACACCGCUCUUGCUACUCAUCCUCACCGUUGAUCCACGCGCCGUCACCACGCUUCUGAUUUUCCGGCUGUAGCUUUUGUUCUUCUAAGAGGAGGAAGUCAUAUAUAUAAAUCAUUUAUGGCGUGCCGAUGAGCAGAACUGAUGUUAUUUGCAGUAGAAGGUGGAGGAUUCUUCUCUGCUUCGGCUUCAGGGUAUAGCAAGGGCCUGAGCCUACUCCUUUUGGGACAGAGGAAUGAGGAUAAACCCAUGAGAGUUGCACCCUGGAACCAGUACCAGUUGGUAGACCAAGGAUCUGACCCUGAACUCCAGCUGGCUUCCACAAAGAAUCGCCUUUCCCGCGGGUGUGCCUCCUUUGUUUGCUUUGGUCGCACUUCCGCAGGGCUUGAUAAUCCGUCACCACUUAAAGUGGGCCCUGCCCAACAGCAUGAUGUUUCGCCGGGGCUACCGGUUUCUAAUGAUGAAAAGGAUCCCUCUGCUCAUGUAGAUGAUACUAAUGAUGGUAUAAAGGUCACACUUAAAAGUAGCAUUAAAAGGCCACAAAGUAAUAAAUCAGUUUCUGUUGAGGAUACUAAUGAACAAGAAGCAUCAGGUGGACAUGGAGCAUGUACUACUCCUUGUGAUCAAACAGAAAGAAGAAGAGUGCAGUGGACAGAUGCUUGUGGUAGCGAGCUUGUUGAAAUACGAGAAUUUGAGCCCAGGAGUGGCGCUUCUGUUGCCAUGUGCUUUCCUGAAGUUUUUGGUGUCUGUGAUUGGAGUGAAGUGGAUGGAUCAGAUGAUGAAUAUGAUCAUGGAAAUGACAGAACUUGUUCCUGUACGAUAAUGUAAAUUGAAGUUUCAUUAAGAUUAUUGGGUCAUUCGUAGGGAUGUUCACUGCUGCUAACACAAUCUAUCACUCAGUUAAAGGCAAAAGGAGUGAAGAAUUUUUGGUCCUUUGAAGAUAUAUACACACCAACAACAUCUUGCUUGAGUGAUUGUUUGUUUGUGUCUCUUCUACCAUUACUUGCCGCGGCUUCAAGUUUUGUUCCUAAUACCUCUCAUCAAUUUGUUGUAUAAUUCUUGUGUGAAUUCUUUGCUUUGAUUCAUCAUUUUUAUGCUACUUCAUGUUCUUAUUUAUAAGGAUCAACAAUUUUUUAGUUCUAUGCUCUGUCUUAUGGAAAGAUCAUACAAAUAUAAGCUUUUGUAAAGUAUCAGUUUGACUGUUGUUGACAAACUUGUGAUAAGGAUUUUUUUUUGAGCCAUUGCUUUA